GAGAUUUGCACGUUACGUACCGGAAGCCUAUAGGCCUAGAGAGCUGUAAGCCGGUAGACGAAGACUGUGGGGCUGAUACAUCGCACGAAAAGUAUCAAUGGCGGGUAAGACGUCGAGUCUACCAGACCAGAUAUGGAAUGUGCUGUCUCACUUGGAGCAGAUCUCCGUGGGGACGGCAUUACUUGCUGUCCUAACACUCUGGUUCGUCUAUACUGUCUUCAUCAAACCAUUUCUGUCCCCAUUAAGAAAGAUACCAGGUCGCCCCUACAUCCCCCUGCUGGGCAACUCACGGGAAAUUGCUCGCUCUGAAGCCCUAACUAACACCCUCAGAUGGAUGAAAGACCUCAAUUCAACGAUUGUCCGUUUUUAUCUCCCCUUUGGCCGAGAGCGCCUGCUUGUGGCAGAUCCUACGAGUAUGAAGCACAUUCUCGUCACCAACAGCAAGAAUUAUGAGCGUAUUUCUCCCGGCCUAACCUUUCCUCUACUGAGGGUAUGUAAAGGCGGUCUGUUGGUGACCACGGGAGAAGAACAUCAUGCUCAACGACGGCUUUGUAACAUCGCUUUUCGCAAAGCUGUUCUGGCAUCCAUGAUUCCAACCUUUGAGAAACAUGCCAAAAAGCUAGUGAAGUUUUGGUUGGCUAAGAUGUCAGCAGUUUCUGGCAAGACGGUGGAAGUUCCUGCUCAAAACGACAUCAUUAGAUUGACUUUGGACAUUAUCUGUGAGACUGGGUUUGACUUCCCGCUGAACAGCGUUGAGAAUGAGACAGACGAGGAGGCCAGAAACGUGUCGGCUUUGCUGCGAUCCUUCAGAAGGGAUAUCAAGAAAAGCCUGCCAUUUUACCAAUACCUACCAUUUGAGGAAAACCGUCGCUUCAAAAAGAACAAAGAAAUGGUGGAUCUCUUGGUGAAAUCAGUCAUGAAGAAAAAACGCACAGCUUUACACACAUCGGACAAAGACAAUACCAGGGACCUACUCACCAAUCUGAUUCUGGCUAGAGAUGAAACUGGUGCGGCGCUGGAAGAAAGCGAAAUCCAGACCCAAAUCAUCACCUUUUUAUUGGCUGGUCAUGAGACAACUUCCACAGGGUUAUCCUGGGUGCUGAAGCAGUUGUCAGAGCUACCGGAAGUCCAGGAGCGUCUGAGGAGGGAAGUCAGGAACAGUUGCCAUGACGAUGACGAUCUGGUGAUGACAGCUGACAGUCUGGACAAAAUGCCUUACCUGAACUGCGUCAUUCGAGAGACACUGAGGUUUCUGCCCCCUGUGACGAGUAUUUGGAGAAAAUCCCUGAAGGAAGACACCCUGUGUGGAUACAAGAUUCCCUCUGGUACUACCAUCGGCCUACACGUCGGCACUAUGAUGAGGUUACCACAGUUCUGGGACGACCCGGAAGUGUUUAAACCAGAGCGGUUCCUUGGAGACAAGACCAUAGACCCAUACAGCUUCCUCCCUUUCGGGGCUGGCGCCCACAUGUGUAUCGGUCACCGCUUCGCAGUUCUGGAGAUGUCAACAGUUUUGGCUACUUUUGUUCGAAGUUUGCGAUUUGAACCCGUGGUGGGAAUGAACUACAAGCGUAGUUCAGGGAUCACCAUGAAGCCAAGCCCGCCAUUAGUGCUGAAGAUAGAAAAGAUCUGAUUGACUGACCUCAAUGGCAGUUAAAUAAUUACAUACGGGAUAUGUUUUUUGGUGACGAAGAAGGGUUACUAGACUUGACCUCCAAUAGUGACACUGCUGUUUUGCAAAGGACAAAAUGCUGAACUGAAAAGAACAUAUUGCACAAAUAUGUUUGGCAGAUACAAUAAGGUUAUUACUGAUAUUUUGCAAAGCACUUUCGUUGCUGAUAAAAGUGUUUUUCUGUUGUAAAUAGCCUGUACAACUGUGAUGGUUAGUAAGAUUUUUUCAGCAUUUUUUACUGGAAGGUGGAAAUUCGGGAUCAUUUUACAUGCAAUUUGUGUGCCGCCCGGUGACGUACGUUACUGUUUGGCAUCUAAAUAUUGCUAGUUACCAAUAUAUUUAAAUUUUACGUACCCAACAGCGUGGGGUCAACAUGUACAUUGUAGAUUUAUCUAGAAUGUAGCUGUUCAUGUACAGCCAUUUUGACCAGCACGCAUUUGUGGUGGCCUCACCCACAUCACUGGUGGCCUCAUAAAACAAUAAGAUCCGAAAGAUCUUCCUAAAAAUCUAUUUUUUUCAAGUCUUUCAUAAAGAAAAAUUUUUAGAAAAUAAUUUAUAUUCCGAAUCAGCAUGGCGUGGUCUAUCAGCUGAUGUCCACUUUGUAAAUAUGCUGUCACGUGCUAUUGAGGUCACAUCUUCCCCUAGCUUGCACACCUCUUUAUUUAAUGAGAUUUGCAAACGCCAAACAAAAUCAAUCAAUAAAAGCACUUCAAAUUGUCAUUGAACAAUAUUUACCUUGUAUAUGUAAAAUAUGCCUACUUCGAUUUAUUCUUGUUCUUCGUGUGGAUUCUCCUCCUUUGUGUAAUACUCCAUUUUGUGUUCAUUUACCUUUUUAUAUAAAGUUUUUUUUAUGGAUGAAAUAGGAAAAUGAAAUCUCAAGAUUGUGAAGUUUAACUUACAGAUUAAUGCCUAUUUAAACACUGUGUCAUCUAAGUACCUCGAUCUAUGUGCUGUCAAUCUACAUUUGUUUUUUUUUCUUUGGCGAAAGCUUAAGAUCGGGGUAUAUUUUAUGGCUCCUUUGAAGCCGACUCACAAUAAUGACGUGAGAGACAACUGCAUGAACUAAACGCUUCAAUAUUUUCCACUUGAAAACAGUGUACACAGCGCUUCUGUUUUCAAUAACAGAUGUGUCUAAACUCUUCUUUUCUUUGAACAUUAAUGUAGUCCAAACAUUUUUGAUAUUAAAUAAGUUUUUUUUUUCAGUUUUGUUGAGUGUUAUUUAGAUUGAUUAUUUAUGUAUUUAAUUGCUGUUUUAUGCAGCACUCAAUAAUAUUUCACGUAUACGACGGCUGCCAGCAUUAUGGUGGGAGGGACCCGGGAAAUCCCACCACCAUCCGCAGGUUGCUGAAAGACCCUUCCACGUACGGCUGCAGAGUUAAGAUUGAAACGUAAUUUGUCAUUUUACCAGAGGAUUCUUUUUCAAUUUAUACGAUUAUUGUACAUCUUAGAUUUAUACGAUUAUUGUACAUCUUAGAUUGAUGCAAAGUGUUGUUACAUAUAUGCGAUUUUGCUUUUCAAGUUUUACCUCUCCUCUGAAAGAACACGUUUAGUGGCCUUUCAUAUUUGUCUACUUAAUUAUUCUCCAGAAGACCAUCCAAUAAGUAGUAUAUUGUCCUUUUGCACAGGUGGUGGGCGAUGCUAGUCAGAUCACACACGGUCGCGUCGCACAUUUUUGCGUCAAACCAGGGCAUGGAUUUGAGCGCUUAUGCAUAUCUAUGAGUCAUAUGAAUCUGUGCAACUAUAUGGGCGUAGCUGUUAGGUGGCCUGCGAAUAGAUGCAAAUGGUGGUUUGUAGUCUACCAUGUGGCCAUGUUGCAUUCUGCUUCACACACCUGGACGGCGCAUGCGCCGCGCCUUAUGCUCAUGUCACAUCUGCUGUCACGAAAUAAAAGUGAUCUUUCAAUCCGUAGAGACACCUAAUAUAGUUUCUUUAAGUGUGAACCUCCCCAGGUAAGUUCUGUGUGUCUUUGAACUUAUCAAUAGUCAGACGUUAUCAGUAAGGAUACGCUUAGCUUCCGCUGAAAUUGUGAUGUGCGUGGUUCUGACAAAAAAAAAACACCAAAAAAAAACACAACAACAUAAGCAUACUAUUUUAUCAUUGUUUAACGCCAUGCUUUAGAAUAUGUCACUUAUGCGAUGGCGGCGUGGAGGAAACUGGAGAGCCAGAAUAAACCAUUGACCUUUGGCAGGUUAUUCUGGCACAAAUUAGAACGUCUUUGGUGGAAGGCAACACCAAUAUCACUACCACCCUUAUAUCUUAGCUUGGCGUGAUUCAUAAUAUUGUGUUCAGUAUUUGGUUGUGCUGACUGGAAUGUGAAGUGAGCGUGCACUGUGAUGGAGUAUAACUCUGUACUGAUUAAACUAUGAAUACCGUUCAUGGCCUAAUUUUUACCAAGUAGCUUUUGAUAAAUUGCUGCAUUAUAACUUGAUCUUUUCCUGUAAUAUAUAACAUAUAGAUAUGUCAGUGAACAUUUUAUAGUGUUGUGUUUUUGUGCAAUAAAUCUGCCAAAGAGAGAGACACAAAUAUUUGUUUUUAUUCG